UCUGACAUCGCCCGGGCUACGGCGCAUGCUCGGAGAGAAAGCGGUUAAAUUCAAAAACAAAAAUGAAAUGGAAUGAAUGCAGAGCUGGAAAUAAUCAAAAAAGCACACAAAACGUUUAAACUGGAGGAUUACAUAAGUUAAUAUUACGUCAGCUAAACAAUAAUCACGAACAUGGACCAUGAGGAGGCGGAGAGGAACCGAAAUAACCCAAGCAAACGUGGUACAAGGAGGAUUUCAUCGAUUUUGAAAGCACCUCGCACUCCACUGAAAGCUGUUGACGUAGACAAUGAGGACUGUCAGGAUGAACCAACUGAACCAGUUGAAAAGAAAAGGAAGUCCAGAAGGGUCAGUUUUGCAACAACAAACGAUAUAAAGUACAUCAGUGACACAAAAAACAGUUCUUCCGGGAUGGGUCUCUGUGAGGACCUUGACAUCACAGGAACAGAACAACAGAACGAGAGGAUUUAUGGUACUCACAACAUAGAACAGCAAAUUGUCGGGAUGGAGACAUUGCUGAAUGCCCCCCUUCAUGUUUCACACCAACAUAACAAGGAAAACAUGUUUUACAUGGAUUACCAGGAUGGCAUCAGCAAUAAGACAAUCUUGUUUUCUGGAGAGGACACUGCAUGCAUGGAGAUGACCCACUGCCACACUUUUGACAGUGAUGCAGCUGACUUUAACGAGAAAGUACCAAGCAGUGAAAUGCUUACCUUUGCCUCUGAAGAGAAGAGUGAGAAGAAUUUGUGGAAACCUGGUAACUCCUUUAAAGGCCCAGAUACUUCAGUGGGAGCUCAAAUAAAGGAAUCUGAUAUGAAUGACUUUCUUGCAAGUCUUACAGGAAUCACUGGAAAUAGCUGUCCAGGGACUUCUAGUAGUGGUCCAAAAGCGACAACAAUGGGCACUUCCUUCAGUCAGUGCAGUGAUUCAGCUCUGUGUCCAAAAGUCAACACGAAAGCUUUCUUGUCUAGCCUUAGUUCAUAUAGAUUAGGAGCCGAUAAAGUAAACCAAGCGCCAUAUAUGACAAAAAUGGCAAGCAAAAAUGAUGUGAUGUCAACAACCACAUUUCCAACCCCAAAGCACAGCCUUCGGCUUAAUGAGCAAAUUGUGACAGAAGCAGAUGGAGAUGACAUGGAUUUGACAAAAAAUCAGGCAGUUUCGAUGGAUGGAAAGGACCUGUGGGUUCAGAAACAAUCUACGAAUCAAGAGAAUCUGAAGGUGACAAAUGAAUUCGUGGAUUCGGAUCCUAAUUGUCAGUUCACAGUUAAGAAAAAGGUGUCUGUGUUUGAUCCAGAUGAUAUGGAAAUGACAAGGACCCAAACUGUUCUCAUCAAUUCUCAGAAAAUGUAUGGAAUGUUAAAUCCGCCACUUCCCUCUUCAAGGAAGAGUUUAUGCAGAACACCGGCUUCAGAUAAGACCAUUAUCUUCUCAGAAGAUGACUUUGGUAUGGAUAUGACUGCAGCUCUGACAACACCUAUUGAAGAAAUAAAUCAUCCAGCCAUAAGUGGUAAACCUAAAGUAAAACCAGGUUCUCUGUUUGGUGAUAUAGGAACGACAAGUUACCAAACAGAUGCCAUUAGUCCCAAUGUGUUGACAGCUGAGCCCUCAUCCUCUGAUGACAUGGAAAUUACUAGGAGCCAAACUGUUGUUACUCUCUCCAGAACCUGUGGUGUUGGAUAUGCUAAUCCUUCACUUGCCUCUUCAAGGAAGAGUAUAUGCAGCACAACUGCUUCAGAUAAGACCAUUAUCUUCUCAGAGGCUGACUAUGGUAUGGAUAUGACUGCAGCUCUGACAACACCCAUUGAAGAAAUAAAUCACCCAGCAAUGAGUGAGCAGAAAAAAGUUUUCAAGACACCUAAAGUAAAACCAGGUUCUUAUGUGUUUGGUGAUAUAGGAACGACAAGUUACCAAACAGAUGCCAUUAGUCCCAAUGUAUUGACAGCUGAGCCCUCGUCCUCUGAUGACAUGGAAAUUACUAGGAGCCAAACUGUUGUUACUCUCUCCAGAACCUGUAAUGUUGGAUAUGCUAAUCCUUCACUUGCCUCUUCAAGGAAGAGUAUAUGCAGCACAACUGCUUCAGAUAAGACCAUUAUCUUCUCAGAGGCUGACUAUGGUAUGGAUAUGACUGCAGCUCUGACAACACCCAUUGAAGAAAUAAAUCACCCAGCAAUGAGUGAGCAGAAAAAAGUUUUCAAGACACCUAAAGUAAAACCAGGUUCUUAUGUGUUUGGUGAUAUAGGAACGACAAGCUACCAAACAGAUGCCAUUAUUCCCAAUGUGUUGGCAGCUGAGCCCUCGUCCUCUGAUGACAUGGAAAUUACUAGGAGCCAAACUGUUGUUACUCUCUCCAGAACCUGUGGUGUUGGACAUGCUAAUCCUUCCCUUGCCCCUGGAAGGAGAAGUUUAUCACAUAUGCCCACAAAUAAAACGGUCAUGUUUUCAGAUGAUGACUUUGGCAUGGAAAUGACUGCAGCCCUUACCAUGCCUAUUGAGGAAAACCACCCUCCUGUAAUUGCAAAUAAAGAAAUGAACAGACAAAUUCCUCCUACAAAGUCUGUUCUUCAUUAUGAGCAGAAUAAUAUGACAGGACCAUCAAGUCAUCAGAAAGGGCCUGGUAAGUGCGGAGGACCAACCGCUAUGCAGUAUUUUGACUCGGAUGAUAUGGAAAUUACUGGGAGCCAAACUAUUAUUAAUGGUGUACGAAUGGCUAAUCCUUCACAUGCUGCAGGAAGGAAAAGCUGGUCACAUGUGCCUGUCAACGAAAUUGAAGACGACUGUGGUAUGGAGAUGACUACAGCCCUAAUUGUGCCUGUUGAGGAAAAUAUACUUGUUCCCACAAGUGAAGGUAAAGCAGCAAUCAGCUUCCCCAGUACAAGUCACAUUGGUGAAUCUGGACAAGUUGAUGGUAUGGAAAUGACCAGAAAUGAAAUGGGUUCUGUUAGUCAAAAUGUUUUAGCGGCUGAGCACAUCGAUUCUGACAUGGAAAUUACUAGGAGCCAAACUGUUGCUAUUGACUCUAAAACCUGCGGUGUUGGAAUGGCUAAUACCUUUCAUGCCACCAGAAGGAAAAGUUUCUCAUGUAUGCCUGCUAAUGGAACAAUUAUUUUUUCAGAUGAGGGCGUUGGAAUGGAAAUGACAACAGCCAUAGCUGUGCCUAUUGAGGAAAACCACUCUCCUGUUAUUACAAAUAAUAUGUGUGAACAAAUUCCUUUGGCAAAAUCUGCUCAUCGUAUUGAACAGGCUAACAAUAUAGGGUCAAGAAAUAGUCAGAAAGUACCCGGUAAUUGCAUUGGCUCAGCAGCUCUUGGUAGUUUUAGCACAGGUGACAUGGAAAUUACUAAGAGCCAAACUUUUGAUUCCAAAUCCUGUGCUGUUGGAAUGGCUUAUCCCUCAUCUCCAGUCAAAAGAAAAAGUAUUACAUGCAGAUCUACUGACAAAACAGUGAUGUUAUCAGAGGAUGAUUUUGAUAUGGAGAUGACUACAGCUCACACUGUGCCUUUUGAGGAGAGCAGGCAUGUUCUUACAAAUGCUGGUAAAGCAACAUUCAAGGUCCUUGGUAAAAAGUCUACUGCUCAUUCUGGUCCAUCUCACCAAUUACUAAGUGAUCAGACAGCAUCUGUUAGUCACAGUCUUUUCACAACUGAGCCCUCAAACUCAGAUGAUGUGGACAUUACUAGGAUCAAAACUGUUAUUGACUAUAAAACCUCUGGUUUUGGGACGGCCAACUCCUUAUGUUUGACUGGAAGGAAAAGUUUGUCUCGUAUGCAUGUCAACAAAACAUCGUCUUCAGAGGUGGACAUCAGAAGUGAUGGAGAGAUUAUUACAGCUCUUGGCAUGCCUACUAAGGAAAGCAGCCAUUGCAGUCUCACAAAGCCAUGUAGAGAAAUGGCAAAGAUUUCGUCAGAUGAGUCCGAUGGCACAAGAAUGGUGAAUCAGUCAACUUCUAAUGAUGAAAUCCUUUCAUUGACCUCUCCAGCCUUUGGCUCUGAUAUGGGAAUGAAAAGUGAUGAAGCACUUGGUGCUGCAUCAGACACAAGCAAAGUUGCUUCUCCUCAGGAUAUCACUGUUUUUGCAGAAGAAAAUGAUAAUGGUAUGGAGAUGACAACAGCUUUUACUGUGGAAAUUGAUGAAAAUGCCUACAUCAAAGAAACUGCAACUGUUUCAUGUUUUAAUCUGCCCAACACUGGAAUGACAAGCAGCCAAACUGAAUAUUCUGGGCCCUGUAAUAAUGGGGUUGCUAAACAAGGUAUUCAAACAACAGUUUCUAAUUCUGAUAUUCACCUGAAUGUGGGGAAAAAUGCAGUAACCGUAGUAGAAAGAAACACGUUGAAAGAAACCGAAAGGAAUUUAGCAUCAAUAGAUCAGAGCGCCUUCCGGGAACAUACAGUAAUGCAUUCUGAGCUGAAGGAUAGCUGCAACAAAAAUAAUGUUUUUGUCAUGGAUUGUACAGAUACAACAUGCAAAGAAAGUGAUGAUUUGGUCAACAAAAAGGACUCGGUUUUCACAGUUCAUCCAUUAUUAAACCAAAAUGAAAAGAAAACUGUCAGAGCAUCUAAGAAAAUUUCCAGAAGAAUGAGUCUGACAGAUCUUCAGUCAAAGCUUAAUACUAUAAGGGAUAUUAUUGUUGAACCAGAAGACACGGCAAAUGGAUGUCUCACAGCUCCUGUCCCUCAGCUUUCAUCAGAAGUUAAAGAUUCAGUCUCUAAUUCUGGGAAUUGUCCUUCUAAUGAAGACUGCGAAAACUACGAACCAGCACUGCAUAGUCCAUUAAAUGUCUCUAAGGAAGAUGAGAAUGACCAGUGGAAAGAUGAUUUUGUUUGCAAGACGCAAACUAACAUGACAGCUCCUAUUCCUUUCUUGAAAAGUAAGCCUAAAAUAGGGAGGAUGUCUUUUGGUGGCUUUCUGCCCAAGCUCCCUCAAAAGAACAAACCAUUGAGCAAAAACCUUCCUGAAAUAACCAAAGGCGGUCAUUUGGAGAGCCUCUUAACAAAGAGAGUGCCGCAUAGUGCUUUCCAUCAUUCAGGUAGUGGCCCAGUUGAAAAUAUAGAUGAUGAGAUUCUUCCUGAGAUCAGUAGUGAGGAAGAUCUGUCAGAAACCAUUGAAGGUAGGGGGCGUGUAAGCAGCCGCAUCCAGGAAGACACUUCGAAAGGAGAGUUAGGCCAGGAUGCUGUUGAUAAGCCAUUAGUGGAGGCACCAAUCAAAAACAUAGCACAAGGCCUGAAAAGGUCUUCACCAAUGGAUGGCCAUGAAGACAGUACAGAGGAAAUGAAGACCAAGAAAAACCUUGAUUCAGAGGGCUCCUCCAAGCUUGCAUCUCAGUUGAAUAGAAAUGUGACAGAUUUUGCUGAGGAGAAUCCAUCAAGUACAAUGGUCAAGACUUUGGACACGACCAACUCCAGUAAUAACUCCACCUACUUGAGGGCAGAAGGUACUUUUGAUACUAGUGCUCAGAGAUGUAGUCAGUAUGAAACUGACUUUGAUGAAGCAACAGGAUAUGAGAUUGACCUUCAAAAGAAACUGGAUGAUGGCAGCAUUACAGUGAAGGAGUUCCUGAAUAUCUUGGGCGUUGAUUUUGUCAUUCACAAACCACGGCAAAGUGUUCUUCCAGAUAAUUUUGCAUUAGCUCUUGAGCCACAGGACCUGCUUAUGGAGAAAUAUGUCAACCGUCCCAAGCAGCGGGUUUAUGAAGACGACAAUCAGGAACUCUCCAGGAUUGUUGAGAAACUGAAAUCGCGAAUGUUGGAUCAAAACAAACCUCUUAAAAUGAUUAAUCAGUCCUUUUGGGAAGUGGUGAAGACCUAUUCUGAUGAGCAGUUACAGAGUUUGAGGUCGAAGCUGAGAGAGAGGAAGGUGUACUUCCGAAAGAAGAGCAAAGGCUUCUCACAUGAGAUGAAGAUUGGGCUAUACAGCAGCCUGCUGCAGACCACUCAGCUGGCGCAGCAAAACUUGACAGAGAAGAUUAACGAGGCCGAUGAGUUCCUGAAAAGCCUUGAUGAUUGUCUGCAGGACUUGCAAGCUGAAUUGGACUUAAUGGAUGAGGAAGGGUUGAAAGAAGUUGGAGCAAAUUCCGAGUUGAUGCACACAUUGGAGGCUAAGCAACAAGAACUGGAAAGUCUCGAUGCGGCUGUCACUGAGAAUGAAAGGCAUAUAAGUUUUCUUGUAAUGGAGAAGAACAGCAUCGAGGAGAAAAUCUGCAGAACUCAGGAAGAAACCAGGGAGUUUGAAAAGAAUAUUACAGUCCUAGACAGAGUGAUCGAAUGGAAGCUGUCUGAGGAGUCAGAGAGCAGAGCGCUUUACACCUUUCUGAAUGGAUCAGUGGAGCUGGAGGUGCUGUUUGAACCAUGUGCCAAUACAAAAGGGCAGACUGACCAGAAGGUUAAUGACAUCAGAUUUCAUUUACAGCUGGAUGAAGAGAACUCAAUGUGUUAUGCCCGCCUCGUUCACAAACUGAUCAGCCAGUUCAUUAAAAGCGAAAGCAACUGGAUGGAAAAGUACCCCACCAGGCCUAACAUCCCACUGCUCCUACACGAUGUCGCAUUGGUGGUGAGCCGCUGCCGUGUCCUGGGGGAGGAGAUCCACCAGUUGUCGAAGUGGGGCUCCCUGAAAUUUGAUAUCUUGCAGAUUGGAUGCCAGGAGACACAGAUCAACAUUCUAUUCUCAAGUCUUAAGGCAUUUGCAAAGUUUGAAGUCGCACUGGCUAUUGAUCCUGCUUACCCAGCUUCUCAUCUGGAAGUGCUUAGCUUCAAAAAUUACAUUGGAAAAACGAGGCUUGAGCAGCUGGAAGAAAUUGUGUCCACAGUCACGCCAGCCAGAAAUUACCUGACGAGGAUUGUUAAGAGGAUCCAUGACGUGAUCCUGCACUGAAGUGUGUGUGAACAUUAACCGCCCUUCUGCCAUAAAUGUGUACUAUAUUUAAACAUACAUUUUUUUGUGUUUGGUUUUUUUUCUACAGCAUUGCUAUGUUACAACUGCUUAUAAUAAAAAAAAAGAAGUAUUUUCAUAUUUGUUACUUUUGUCAUUAUUUCUCUUUAUAGACAGGUCACCACUUUUGAAUGCAGAGAAAAUCUGGGUUUAAAACUACAAGGUUUUACAGUAGGAGCAGGGGCUCGUUCAGACGCUAGAGGGCAUCGUAGGACCACUGGUGAUGAAUGCGUCGUGAAACUCAUGAGCCAAUGAACCUGGCAGUGUAAUAAAGCAUUAAUUUAAAAAUGUUUCAAUAGUUGCAUCAUUUGCUCUUCUGUUUAGUGUAAAUUCUUAUUCAUAUGUAAAAGGUAUUUUUUUAAUUUUUAAGAAAAUGUGUUUUUUACGAUUUAAAUCAUGCCACUUAGAUUGUUGUUGUGUAAUAAAUUGAUACUUCAUGCAACAAGA